AUGAGCGAGACUUAUGCACGACAGAUUGGUGUGAAGAUUGAGACUGGGCACCGUCAUCGAAGGAGAGUGAUAUUUGCUGAUAAUUCGGUUGCUGAAACCGUGGGUAUGGCAUACAAUGUUGAAUGGCGGUUUGGUUACUUGGGCUAUCCCGACCCGGUUCACCAGCUUGACUUUCGUAUUCUGCGAGACUCACCGGCAGAUGUCAUCUUAAGCGACGCCUUCCUCUUCGAUAACGAAGUAUUUUCGAAAUAUCAGCAUUUAUUGAUAGACGAUGACGAGGAAUUUGAAGACGAGGAUACGGAGACUUACUUCUUUGCCAUUGAUAUUGAUAAGAGACAGGACCAACUUCAAGCGAAUCAACACUCCUACGCUCUUGCAGACCUUCAGCACCUGGAACUUGUUCGCCGAGGCGAAGAAGCAGAUCGUAUAUCAACACUUUCAGGGAAUGAACGCAUAGCUGCAUAA